UUCAUAUACGAAAGAACACUUCCUCAAACAUACAUAUGUAAAAGUUAACUCAAAUGUAUCCUAGACCUAAAUGUUAGAGCUCAAACUACAAAACUCUUAGAAAGCUCUCUUUUCCUGUCCGGCUGCUUGAAGCUCAGCUGCCAUCAUGAAUGACACAGUAACUCUCUAGACCAGGAAGUUCAUAACCAACUGACUACUUCAGUGGAAACAAGUGGUCAUUGAUGUUCUUCACCCUGGAAAGGCAGCAGCACCUAAGACAUAUUUGGGGGAAAAACUAGCCAAGAUGUACAAGACCACACCAGAUGCCAUCUUUGUAUUUGGAUUCACAACCCAUGUUGGGGGUGGCAAGACAACUGGCUUUGGCAUGAUUUAUGAUUCCUCGGAUGAUGCAAAGAAAAAUGAACCCAAACAUAGACUUGCAAGACGUGGCCUGUGUGAGAAGAAACAGACCUCAAGAAAACAGCAAAAGGAACACAAGGACAGAAUGAAGAAAGUCAGGGGGACUGCAGAAGACAGGGUUGAUGCUGGGACAAGUGAGCCGGAGACUGGACAACAGAAGGAAUAAAGAUUCUGCAGUGGCUCUGCGGUGACUGUGCCAAUUUUUCAGGAGAGGGUUAAUAAACUAAGAACUUUUAUGUGAAAAAAAAAGUCUUAGGAAAAAAUAUAGACGUAAACACACAUGACCUUGAUCAGAACAAGCAUUCUUAGAUACGACACCAAAAGCACAAGCAAUGAAAGAAAAAAAAAAAAGAUAAAACAAACUUCGUAAAAAUUAGUUUUGUGCUUCAAAGGACACCACCAAGAAAGUAAAAAGACAACUUACAGAAGAGAAGAACAUUUUUGCAAAUCAUAUAUGAUAAAGGACUCGAAUCUAGAAUAUAUAGGGAGCACUUACAAUUCAAUAAUAAAAAGGCAACCUAAUUUUAAAUUUUUUUUUCAACAUUUAUUUAUUUUUGGGACAGA